GCGGCGGUGACGUCGCGGAGGGGGAAGUUUUAGUUGUUUUUGCUCGUCUAUUGUAGCAUUGGACCAGAAACCGGUAAAACCAGAGUCUCUGGUCCCGGUAUAAUCUCAUUAAUGUGCCAAUGAGUCCCUCGUGUAGUUAAGGCUGUAGUCGAUGAAGGAAUGGAGGUGCUGGACAGUCCUCUCAAUCUCGCCCAUCAACAGUGCAGGAAAGCAGACCGCUUGGUGGCUGCUGGGAAAUUUGAAGAUGCCAUCUCCUGCCACAGAAAAGCUGCAGAACUUCUGAAGGAGGCCAUGAAGCUCACGGAGUGUGAACAGGCACGCUUGUCUCUGGAGCUUCAGAGGGACAGUCACAUCAAACAGCAGAGACUGAUCGAGGAGCGAUGGAAGCGAGCUAAGCGAGAGGACAAGCCCAGAACGCUCCAGCAUGUCUCCUCCUCAGACCAGACGCCACGCCGUCACCUACAGCCGGGAGGAACGGCCCAACCCUCCGAGCGCGAGUACGACACCUGGCUGUACCUCCUGAAGAACAAAGGCACCGUCCCAGAGCCCUGCACCGGCAGCAAAGCCCAGAAAGACGACAAAACCCGUCUGGAAGAGCAGCAGACCACCAUCAAUGACCUACGCAAGCUGGUGGACCGCCUGGUGUCUGACAACGAGCGGCUGAAACAGGAGAACGAGCGGAUGCGGGCGGAGAACGUGCGGCUGAAGAAGGAACACUACGCUGAUGCAGACUUCGUGGAGAAGUCUGAGCUGUGGGUGCUUCCGCAGACGGCCGAGGAGCGCAAGGCCAAGGACAUUCCCAUCCCACAGCUCCCUCCACUGGAGAUGCCCACUCAGGAGAUCCCUCUGGAAGACCUGCCCGGGCUGGAGCUUCCUGAGGACAUCCAGCAGGAGCUGCAGGAGCUGCUGGACGGAGAGAAGCUGUGAACACUCACGCACCAAAGGGAGACUUCCAUCGCCAUCGAGUGCCAGAGGAAGCGCAUCAGAAAGAUCUGAAAAGGCGCUUGGUGGCG